AGGGUGUUCAUUAAUAGACUCCUGGUUAAGUUCAGAAGCUUGAAAAAACAACAUCAUAAGUUCAAAAUCUGUUCACAAUUCAAGAAAGACUUAGCGUGGUGGAAACAUUUCAUGGGCACCUACAAUGGAGUCACAGUCAUUCCUGAUAGUGAAUGGACACCUUUAGAUUCCAUUGUGGCCACUGAUGCAUGUAACACAGGUUUAGGUGGAUAUUCACAUAACAAAUUUUAUCACACUACCAUCCCACUUUUCUUACAAUCUCACAGCAUUAACGCUUUGGAAUUACUAGCUAUAUUAUUAGCAUUAAAACUCUGGGGUCACCACUUUCAAAAGAAACGCGUUUUGGUCAAUUGCGACAACCAAACUUCGGUUUUGGUGAUCAACACCGGUAAAUCCAGAGAUAAGUUUUUACUGUUGCUCUUAAGAGAAAUUUCUUUCGUGGCAGCUACGCACAACUUUCAAAUCAAAGCAACACACAUACCCGGUCAUACCAAUGUGUUAGCAGAUAGUCUCAGCAGGUGGCAUACAGACUUAGAAUUCCAAAACAAAGCUAAACAAUUGCUCCCAGUGAAUUCAGUCGAGUACAAAAUCAAAUCCUUUCAUUUCAAUUUUAAUGAAUGUUGGUAAUUUUUCCAGAUCAAAUCAAGGAGCUCAAAAAGCAAGCUAAUCACAACAUGAUGUCUGCAUAUAACAGCAAAACCUGGCAGAAUUUAUACACACAAUGGAGGACUUUUCUUUUAUUUUGUGUUUAUUACAACAUGGCAUUUUUACCAGUUCAAACAGACACCAUUCUUAUUUACAUGCAAUUCUUGAGUAGGACUUUCAAAUCAGUGUCUUCAAUUUUAAAUUAUGUAAACGGCAUAAAAGUUCUACAUUUAUUACAUGAAUUGCCCUUUCCUUUACUUAAUAGGGAAUUCCAAUACAAACUCCUUUAUAAAGGUUUACAAAGAAAUAACCUACACACCGUCAAAAGAGCUUUACCUAUUACCCCUGAAAUUUUAACUCAAAUUUUUGGCUCUUUAGAUCUAACCUCAGAUUUAGAGUCCACAUUUUGGUUUCUAAUCCUCACACUUACGUUCUUAUUCGCAAGAGCAGGAAACAUUAUCCCUUAUACAACUUCUACUUUUGAGAACAACAAACAUCUGUUACAACAAGAUAUUUUCAAACAAGACUCAGAUGGUUUGAUUUUCCUCAUAAAACACUCUAAAACAAACCAAGCAGCACAACGCAUUUUAACACUUCCCGUGUUAGCCAAAGAAAGUUCUCCCUUAAAUAUUGUGUCCGCAUUCAAUCAUAAAAAUUCUUUCCAUAAAUAUAAGAAAACUUCUCCAGCCUUUCUUUACUCAAAGAAUGGUAAAUUGAUUACAUUUACAAGGCAAAAAUUCGUUAAAAUUUUGAGAAACAAAUUGCGAAAUUUAGGAUAUAAUCCUUCAUUUCAUAGUGGACAUAGUUGUAGAAGAGGGGGAGCUUCCUGGGCAUUCAACGCUAACGUUACUGGUGAAGCCAUUAAGGCACAUGGAGAUUGGGCUUCGCAGUGUUAUCUUAGAUACAUAGAAUUGAAUAUCGCUUCCAAACUAGCAGUCAGUCAGAGAAUGUUAGCACAAAUUUAAUCAAAUUCACUACUUUACGCAUGGUAAAUGUUCAUAAGUUUAUUCUUGGCGCCUCGGCUUGGUGGGCGCGACCAGUUUGAUUACUUUAAAUUAUCAUGAAAACAUAAUAAAUAUGUUUUCUUGCAAACUAGUCGCCCUUGCGCCAAAUAAAUGUGUUAUAAGUUUCAUUUUACUUUAUGUUUUUAUGUUUUGUUUUAUUUUACGUUGUCUUGUUUUGAGUCUUAUUUAAUUUAUGUAUGUUUUGUCAAUAAACUGUAAUAUUUUAAGUGUCAUAAUAUGUCACUUUAUUGUUUGUAUUUAACUAACAAACUAAGUGUUUGUAAUGUAUUGUAUUCUUGUGUUGUAACAGUUUCCAUACAAAGAAACACAAAUCUUAUUUGAAUGAAUCAUCAAUAAACUAUAAAUUAUUAUUUUAACCAAUUUUCAGUUACUUGUAUCAAUUUAAUUUGUCGUAUUUUUGAGACCAAUUGUUGGUACCUAAAAUGCUGUAAUUUAAUUGGUCAACAUAAUUAACUUCAACCAAUAGAAACCUUACCUGUUGUCACAUGACCCAAUAUUAUAAUUAUUACCCGCCAAUUUUACUUACCUUCACUUACACAAAGAACUUCCUUAUAUCAACACCUUCUUUUUAAAAUUCCAGG